GAAAGUGUGGACAUGUAUGCUAGCCACAGUUCAUGACAUCGGGUUUCCUCCUGCUCUUUCCAAGAGACGGCUUCUCCUUGUUUUGCGUUUCUCCAUUCUCCCUGCAUGCAUCCAAACAUCUAUCAACAUUCCUAUUCACCACCCGAUCAUUUUUGUGCUUAGAAACUGGGGGACGGUGAUUGGCCGAUCUGUUCCCUGAUGGUCCCGAGAAGUGGUGCGAUUACCAAGAGGAUAACAUUCACACCUUGAAAGGACAACUCCCCGUCCUUUCAACCUUUCAACCCCUCACAGACCUGACCACCUUUCCUCCAAUAUCCUAGACAGUCCUCAACAUGUCUGUACAACGAGUCCUUGCUCCAUUGGCGUUGCCAUCGAGCUUCUUCCUUCGACUUGCCUCCUCACCCGCAACCUCCUCUCUCCGGCCUUGUCAACAUGUCCUACGAACCUUCUCCUCUGCGCAAGCAUCGCAAAUGUCAUCAAAGCGAAAGAUGCAGACCAGUACCGCAUAUCAGCCAUAUUCCCUCGACACAACACCUCCGCCACCCAGAAACGCUGGCAUCCCGGACACUUCAAUAGCUGGUGGGGUCCCACAGGUCAACGAGACAAGGCCACCGAAACAGACCGGGCAAUAUGAGAUUUCUGUAGAGAGACCGGCAGAGGAGAAGUACACCAUCAGCCUUACAGAACAAGAAGCCCAGAAGUCGGAGCCAACGACCACGACCUCUCAACAAACCCGAGCAAAGCCCAGACCAAAACUACGAGCCCGAAAAGCUGCCAUGAACCUCACACCUGGCGCGGUAAAGCAACUGAAAGAACUCCUCAAUCAGCCAUCACCGAAGCUGAUCAAGGUGGGCGUACGGAACCGUGGAUGUAGUGGACUUGCAUACCAUCUCGAAUUCGUGGAGAAGCCUGGAAUGUUUGACGAGGAAGUCGAACAAGAUGGAGUUAAGGUACUGAUUGACAGCAAGGCACUCUUCAGUAUUAUUGGAAGUGAGAUGGACUGGGUGGAGGAUAAGCUGAACCAGAGAUUUGUGUUUAAAAACCCAAACAUAAAGGAGCAAUGCGGAUGUGGCGAAUCCUUCAUGGUAUGAACGUACGACACACUCCUCGAAUCACUCCAUCGACUUUACAGCAUAGCGUUAGCAUUGGGUUGGCGUUUGGGAAUUGGAUACCAGCAUCGGCAAUAGAGACGCAU